GUUCCAUGAUUUAAGAAACAAGACGGUACCCUUGAUUCUGACAAGUCAGGGCUCUGGUAGCUCAGCGCCAGGCGCGCAUAUACACCCAACUUUACCAUGCCCAUAUCUUUGACUUCACCCAUACCGUUCUUUGCACCCCAUGAUCGUAAUCGCAGAGCGGAUUCUAACUUGGUUCUAGGAAAAAACGGGCAAGCGUCAAUCGUAAACUUGGGCCCUCCAGCAGGACCUGGAGACAUCUCAUACAACCCCGAAGGCAACCGCAGGCCGGCCCAAUCUGUGCCACAACAGGUCACGCAGAUCAGUCCUGACCCUCUCAGUGCAACCGGAAUGCAGACAGGAGGCCAGUUGACACAGUCUCAGGCGUUGGUGACUACUGUCCCUGCUUUGGCAAUGACCUCAGCUACGGCAACUGGCACAAUUUCCUCAUUGCUCAGCAGCACGACGCUAAGCUCGUUUUCAUCACCCACCACUACUCCAUCCAGCACCUCAAGUAGCACUAGCUCAUCCUCUCAUCCGACAGCAUUCGUCUCUCCUGCUUCCAUGCAUACGUCGAAACCCGAGCUCUCCGCCCCGUUUUACGUUGCGAUCAUCCUGGGCACCGUUUGUGUCCUCGCUUGUUGCCUGGCAUUUUUGGCAUGGUGGCUGCGUUCGCGCGCAUCAGCGCGGAAGCCACGAGACGAUGACGAACUUUGGACAGCGAGAGAUGUGCUCGAGGACGGCCCCGAGCCCAGUCUGCUGGUGCACACCCCGCACGAGGAAUCUGAGUUUUACCUUCCUGCAUCUCUCGUCCGGAGAAACACUGGCGAUCCCUUUUCCAGCCCUAUAAACACACCGACGACUGCGAAUUUUGACAAAACCAUUGAUCGGGCACCAGGGUACAAUCCCUCAAGAACGGUGGUUGGCAGCGUCUACCCGCCCAUGGAGCAGCGACGACCCACACUCAGGAAUUCCGCAAGUGCGUUCAGCGUACAAGAAAGCCCGCGCACGCUUGGUCGGCUGCAGGUAGCAAAUAUAGCCCCUGGCGAUCUGACGUCUGGCGACGAAUCAAGCCACGGCGGCCCAGCGUUGUACAGCACAAGGGUAGCCGAGUUAGGUCCACCGAGGAGCGCCGUCCAGCGUCCCACGCAAAGUUUCCUGCCGCUGGAAGCAGAUGGUCUACCGCAAUUCCUCCCCUCGCCAGGCUAUGCCCAGCGCACGCCUAGAGGGAGGUUACAACCAGUGAUGGAAAACACCCCAGGCAUCGGCCCUGGAGACUGGCACAACAUACCUCUCCCUGACGAGGCCGAACCUCACAACUCAAUAGUAAACGAACACCCACCCCCGGAGGGCUGGGCCUCCGCCCUCAAGUCCAACUUCAUGACCGCAUUCGGCACUGUUGCCGGCAACCGCACGCCGCGCCCAUCCACGUACGAAGAAAGUGACGCUCCGCUGGGCUCUGCAAAACACCAUUGGCCACAACAAUUUCCAGAUCCCGAAUACGACGUACCUCUCGCUGCUCAUAAGCCGCCGUCAUACUCUACAGAGCCCCAUCUGAACAAUAGCGACGUAAACGGAUUGCGCAUUCGUGGACUGGGCGGCCAUCCUCGGGACCGGGUUGCCUCCUCCGACGUAUCGCAGUCGAAUCUGGCAUUCAGCGAUAGCCAGGUAACCCUUCGACCAGGCAUGGCACCCGUGUGGACGCAGGAAUCCCAUUUACCGCUAAAACACAACGCAGCUCCCAUUGGCAUAGCAAAGGACAAUAGUCGUGCCUCACACGCCAGCUCCAGCAGCGUUUACACCUCCGAGUCCGUAGCGGCCGCCUCAGCGAAUCUGAAAAACUAUGGUUAUGGGUUUACGCAGUCACAUCUGGCACUUUCUUCCAACGAGAUCCCGAAAUCGCGCACGAACACGAUGCAGUCUGGACAAUCCAAAGUGUCGUCGCGGAAGAGGGGUGGGCAGCGGAGACGUUCAAGGCCUAAACCAAUUCAGCGUGAAUCAUCGUCCGCGUCUUCGAUGAUAUCCUUUGGAUCAGACUUGUUACGUCCUCCUCAGUCUGGUCAUCUAUCCGGGAGAGAGAGCAUGGCAAGGAAAGCGCUGCUGGAGAGGAGACGGAAGAUGACGAUGCACGAACCGUUGGACAAGUAGCCCGAUGCUGUGAUCCUCCAACCAAGGCAUGGAAUGUUUUAGGAUUUGUCGUCCAGUGUUAUUACAAAGAUGUAUAAACAAGUUGUCGAGACCGUGAUAUGAAAUAAGCAUUGACAGGCGAAAGAAGUAGUAACUGAACGUGAAGUCUACAGUGUCUGGACAUGGCACAUGCUCCUUCCGUCUAUGUCACCGUUUAUUGCUUGGCCU